UCUUAUCCUCGCGAGACUCAGAUUAUAAACGAAGAAAACAUUACGUGGACCAUAAUCCUACGGAAUUUUGGAAGCAACUCAAUGGCAUCCUCUACCGCUGUACCUGUAGGUUUUCAUUAUGAAACAAAAUAUGUUGUCCUCAGUUAUUUGGGUCUCUUGUCACAGGAAAAGCCUCAGGAACAGCCCUCUCUGUCCACUCAAGAACCAUCUACGGUCUCACAAGCUUUAGAAAAAGAAAUCCUGGACAAAGUUAAAGCCGAAAUUGAGGAAGAAUUGAAACAUCUUGAUGAAGAAAUUUUGGAAGCUUUCACUACAACUGGCUUUGACUGCCACACGUCUCCAGUAUUUAGUCCUGCAAACCCAGAGACUUCAAUUGAAGAUUGCUUAGCUCAUCUCGGAGAGAAGGUAUUCCAAGAAUUGAAAGAACCUCUUGAAAAGGCAUUAGAGAUCCUACUUAGCAAGCCAGUGAAUUAUCAGGAAUACAAAGAGAGGACGCAGGAAGCAGCAAGUCAUGCUAGUGGAUGGAGCAAGGUUUUAGUGCCCCUGGUGAUUCUUCAGCGGUUCUUGGUAGAGCUGUCCAAAAAGGGCCAAGAACCACUUGGUGCACUUCUGAGUUUUGGAGUGACCUACCUUGAAGAUCAUGUUGCAGAUUAUAUCAUCCAGCAAGGCGGAUGGGGAACUGUUUUUAGUUUGGAUUCUGAAGAGGAAGAGUUCCAUGGAGUCAUUGCUGAAGACAGCAAUGACAUCUACAUCCUAACUAGUGACAACUCAGGCCAGGUGAGCCCACCUGAGUCACCCACGGUAACAACAUCUUGGCAGUCGGAGAGCUUACCUGUUUCGUUGUCGGCCAGCCAGAGCUGGCAUACAGAGAGCUUGCCAGUUUCGUUGGGGCCCGAGUCGUGGCAGCAAGUAGCUAUGGAUCCUGAAGAAGUAAAAAGCUUGGACAGCAAUGAAGGUGGAGAAGAAAGGAGCGAAAACAACUCUUCGAAUUCAGAUAUUGUACAUGUUGAAAAGGAAGAGAUACAAGAGAGUGUCGAGGAGGCAGCAGUGUCAGAAGUGGGCCUGCAACCAAGUGCUAAAAAAUUGAGCUUGCCAGAAGUCCCAGCUGCGUUGCUGAAAACAGAGGCCGAAAGCUCGUUGAUUAAAAGACUCAGCCCUUCUGCACCUUUGCCCACUGAGGGUGACAAAGAGGGGAGAGUAGUGGAAUAUCCUGAACCUGAGCCUCUGAUGUUGAGUAAGUCUGCCAAACAACUAACUCCUUCGAGUGAAAAGGCUUCCCCCAAGCCUGAGAAAAUACAACUACCAGAAGAAGAAGCAAAACUACCGAGAGAGAGCUAUUCUGAAGAAAAGUCUCCUGAGGGAGAGGAGAAACCCAUUCUUUUGCCAGAGGGCAAAUCACUUCUGCUGUACGGUGGGGCGGCUGCCGUAGCCAUCCUGGCUGUCGCAGUAGGUGUAGUGCUGACACUGAGGAAAAAGUAGUCAAUUCUUCUCUUCAGAGAUACUGCCUGAAUCCCCACACUUGGUUGCGUUGACUAAGGUUUGCUAUGCCUCCUGUUAAUGAGAAAUCCAUGUAACGUGACAGGAAGGCGGGGCAUGAGUUUACUUCUAAUUCUAGGACAAUCAUGUUUUUAGUGGCCUGGAACUGGAUCUUCCUCUUUAACUGUAGGGGUAAUAUUGGAACUCCCUUGCACAUUUAAGUAUCUCGAUAUAUCUGAAAAUAUUGGUGGGGGGAGAGG